CGGGCCUACUGAUGCGGCCGGCGCCGGGCUUUCCUUCCUCGUUGUCACAGUCGGGCCGCGGUUUCACGUGUGCGGGGCAGCCAGACGCCAUGUAUUACAAAUUCAGCAGCUUCACGCAGAAUUUGAUCGGGGGGGGGGCGGCGGCCGCCUACAACCCUCAGGGACUCAAACCACUGGUAUCUACCAAAUUGCCAGCUCCAAUUUUUGAAAUGCCAACUAAAGUGGAUUCAGAGUCUCCAGCAGCUGUUUCUUAUUUGGGAAGAAACAAGGUACCAGAACUACAGAAGCUAUUUCAGAAGGCUGAUGGGGUGCUGGUACAUCUGAAACAAGGAGUUCCUGAUCAACUGCUGUAUCGGACCACUAUGGCUCUAACAAUUGGAGGGUCCAUUUACUGUUUGAUAGCAUUGUACAUGGCUUCACAACCGAAAAACCAAAAGUGAAUGACAAUAACUUUGAAAAGGAUGGUAUUUCCCUGCAAAGCACAGUGGUGGAUUACCCUCUGCACUUACUAGUACUUUUGAUCCUGUGAUUCUCAGAUCAGCAUUCAAUGAGAAAAUGUAUUGGACAUGGCUGCCAAAGCAAGAAAAUUUAAAGGCAAUGUCUUGAUUUGCUGUAACAUUUCUUUGAGGUCUCCUGUCUUUCCUUCCCCAUCAGCAGAAACCCAAACAAACGUAACAGCCUAAGUACACUUGGGUGGGUGGGGUAAAACAUGCCUCUUUCAACUUUUGGAUGUUGGUCAUGGAAAAGAAAAAUCUUAAUUGUCAAAAGGGAAUUGAGGGAAUUCUAGGAUAGGAAUAAUUUUUGGAAGUAGUCACAAGAGAGUUGCUUAAUUUAUUCCUUGAUGGCAAAAAGCUGAUGGCCAUAUCCAAAUUAUAGUAUAGCUGUAAUGGUGCAAACAGUUAAACAUUUUCAGUUUGUGUAUAUAAACAGAGGAUUACUUUGUCCAGUCUUCUAAGAAAAAAUGUUUUCAACCCUUGUACUGUAUUUAUUCCGCUAUGUGAGCAUAGCUGCUUAUAGCACUGUUUUACAUCAAUGCUUCUGUAUUGUAACACCAGCUUUAUCAGUUUUUGUCAUCCCUUUUGUCAAACUAUUUUCCUAAAACUAAAGAUAUAUAUUUUACUGUGGAAUAAAUAUAGCAAUACAUCUAUUGAGAUACUUCUCAUUUAAAUUUUUAUGUGGCCAUUCAGUGUUUCAGAACAAAUUUGGUUAAUGCCCUGUACCUUUUUUAAAAGCAGACACUUGGUUGAAUGCUAUCUAGAUGCCAGAGUUAUUAACCCUAUGAAAUUCUCAGAACUAAUGUUAACAAUUAUUUCUUGGACCACUGUCAUUUCAUAUCUUAGUUACAUGUAAACUAAUAAAAUGGCACAAAUAAAUUAUAUGUUAAAGUGGAGGUCAG